AUGGGCACCAGCUUCAAAGAAAUGGAUCGGAUCCUCCCGUCCCCCGAGCGCCUGCACGUGCGCAUCCGGAACACGUCAGCCAUCGCCUUGCGCGCCGCCUUCGUCCACGGGCCCUACUCCCUCUACGUCGCCGCCUACCCCUCCGACUUUGACGCCAACCAGAAAUACCCCGACCCCCAGCGCUAUGGCACCCCCGAGUUCGAGCCCAUGCUCAAGGCCGGCGGCACCUGGGAGUGCGAGCUCAUCGUCCCCGACACCGUGAGGCAGGGCGCUGGCCUGGGCAGCCACGGCGGCUUCGGCAAGGGCCCCGAGCACGACGGCGAGUCCGUCUCCUGGAUCGUCGAGGUCUCCUCCCAGGUCAUCUUCUCCCCCUCCGUCGCCGUCGGCUACGAGGUCCUCAUCGCCCGCGACCGCAAGUCUCUCAGCCUCGGCGGCAUCGCCUCCUUGACCUCCGGCUCCUCCGGCCAGCAAGAGAACCAGCCCGGCAACCUCGUCGACCACCAGGAGAGUCUCGGCGCCAAGGACGGUCACCACCCGGCACAGCCCAAGGGUGUCUUCUCGCGGGCCGUACGCCUCAAGGUCGAGGACACAGCCACCCUGUGGAACACGCCCCGUCUGCCAGGAUGGGAUGACCGUGGUGCCGAGAGGGUCUCUCAACGCCCCGCCCCCGACAAGCCCGUCGAGAGCAUGGUCGACAAGAGCCACGCGGAAAAGACGCCGGCCGAGGCCUCGAAUAUCAAGCCCAAAAAGAAGAUCCACCUGGUGGUCCUGACACACGGCCUGCAUAGCAACCUGAGCGCCGACAUGCUCUACAUAAAAGAAAGCAUCGACGCCGCUGCCAAGCAGGCCAAGAUCGACGCGAAGGAGCGGCGCGCGAAAGAGAAGGCUGCCAGGCGCAAGGCACAGCCAGAAGCAUCCGAGGCGGGACUCUCAAAAUCGCCGCCAGGCGACGGUCCCGUACAAGGCAACGACGGCGCUGAUGGGGAAGAGUCGAGCGAGGAGGAUGACGACGACGAUGAAGAAGUUAUCGUACGGGGAUACUCGGGGAAUGCCACCAAGACGGAACGCGGCAUCAAGUACCUCGGAAAACGAUUGGCACGCUACGUGCUAUCCAUGACAUAUCCCGAUCAGCCAUGUCUCCCGCUGGGCAAGGACAUCUCCCACUCGAUCGGGCACCCUGCCAAGCACGGCAAUGCCAAUGGGCACAAGGUCCCCGUCGAGGACCGGCCGCGACCCUACAAGAUUACGAGCAUAAGUUUCAUCGCCCACUCGCUGGGCGGCCUCGUCCAGACAUACGCCGUGGCCUACAUACAGAAGCACUCGCCAAGUUUCUUUGACGUCAUCCGGCCCGUCAACUUCAUCGCCCUGGCCACGCCGUUCCUGGGGUUGAGCAACGAGAACCCGACCUACGUCAGGUUUGCGCUCGACUUCGGUCUGGUUGGCCGGACGGGAAAGGAUCUCGGCCUGACGUGGCGCGCGCCGACGCUCGCGAGGAGUGGAUGGGGUGCCCUCGUCGGCAAUCUAGGCGAGUCGGCGCACAGAAAGGUGUAUGGGGAGGCGCAGCCCGAGUCGAAGCCGCUGCUGCGGAUCCUGCCGACGGGCCCCGCACACCGGGCCCUCAGAAAAUUCCGCAACCGCACCGUCUACUCCAACGUCGUCAACGACGGCAUCGUACCCCUGCGGACUAGCUGCCUGCUCUUCCUCGACUGGCACGGUCUCGGCCGCGUCGACAAGGCCAGGAGGGAUGCCGGCCUCGUUGAGACAAUGGUCGGCUUCGGCUGGGCUGAACUGACGGGCACGAACCUGGCCACGGCGCGCCAGAGGCUACAGCUGACCGCAGCCGUCGAACCCCAAGCGAGCGACUCGGGAUCGUCUACACCAAAGACCAACAACAGCAGCAACAACAAUAGCAACAACAACAACAACAACAACAACAACAACAACAACAACAACAACAACAACAACAACAACAACAGCAACAACAUGUCGCAGGUUCCCCAGCCUUCCAACGAUGCCGUGGGCGAGGAUAGCAGGACCAUCAUCGGCUCUGUGCCCAUAUCUUACGCUCCGGACGCAGACGGGCCCAUCGCCCAGUCCCAGGCCACCACCCCUGCUGUUGGUCCCGGCUCCGGUCCUCUGGCCAGUUUUUUCAACCUCUUCAGAAGUAGCGAGCCAGCCAAGAACCCGCCGAUCACGGAGAAGCAGCUCAGGAUCCUCAACAAGAGCCAGACGCUGCAUAUCGAUGGGAACUCGAGCUCCGCCACACUUACCGCACCGGCGCCUGCGACGAAAUCGGCAGCAGGUGCCGGGUCACCAGACCAGGAGAGGCGUGCCAAGGUCACGACGGGCUCCGAGUUGGAGGAGGAGAUCGGAGGCCUCAACGCACCACCGCGCACCACCUUCUUCGAGUCGGCCGGCGACGUGCUCAACCCCAAGAUACCCGACGUCGAGUACCUCAUCGACCCAUCGAAACGGCCGCGCACAAUCUUCCACGACCGUGUCUAUCACCCGACCGACAUUCCUCCCGCGCCCGUAAAGAGGAGACAGUCGUCGUUUCUGCGCAGAAAGACGUUUAACAGAACGGACUCGCAGCUGUCGGCCGCAUCGAACGGGGCAUCGCAAUCAACCACCGGUGGCGGUGCCAGCGCCAGCACCGGCAAGAAGGGCAGCCACCUAGCAGACUCUCCCGCCACAGAGACGGGCGACGACAACGGCAACCAGGCAGGAGAUGUCAAGCCGAAGCAGGACGUCCCCGACGGCGAGGUGGUGGUAGACGGGUCCAGCAUGCGCGUCGAGGAGAAGAUAGCACGCGACUACCACCAGGGCCUGUCUUGGCGCAAGGUGCUCGUCAAGCUGGAGCCGGACGCGCACAAUAACAUCUUCGUGCGGCGCAUGUUUGCCAAUGCGUACGGUUGGCCGGUGGUCAAGCACAUGGUGGACGCGCACUUUAGUGACUCGGCGGUGGCGCGCGCGCGCACGGACGACCAGUACCUAGGGGAGCGGGCGCUCGACAUGAACCAGCCCCCGGACGAGCACGGGGCGGAGACCAAGGCGGACGACCCGUCAUGGGCACCCCGCGACGGCGGAAGCGGCGGCAGCGACGACAAGGUGCUGGUGCGCCCCGCCACGGGCGACGAGGAGCGCGACCGAGUGCCCGGCCUGACGGUCAACCCCCAGCGCAACAAGCCCGAGUCCACCAUAGACCGCAGCGACGUCACGACGUGGAGCGACCGCGACUGGGCCGACAGCGAGUACGAUAGCGACGGCGAUGUCGGGACGGACGGGAAGCAGGCGGACGGCCCGCCAUCGUCUCCUACCGCCAGAAGCAAGAGCCCUACGGGGUCAGCUACCAAGGAGUGGAACUGGACCGAGAAGAUUGUUGGCAAGGGAUCGGCGUCAAAGAGAAGGAGUCUAUCAAAGGAUGGAGAGCAGCACUAA